GUCAGUGAUUCGUGGUGUUGCCCCUCCCCCAGGGAUGGCGAUGUUUUGCCGGAAGCGCUCGUACGCGGCGUCCCCGCCGGCGGGGGAGGUGACGGUUAAGCGGAGCUCUUCUUGCCCUCAGUCCUGUAAGCCGGUGUUGCCUCAGCGCAGACACAGAGAACGAUUGUUAUUUAGAAUAUUCCGGAAUACGAAGCCGGGGAAACGCAUCUACAGAGGGAAGUGGAAGUCCUACGACGACGUCCGGCCCCGGCCCCUCACGGAUCAGCAACCCGGGGCCUUGCCGCUCAUAGAAGAAGGAUCCGAAAUUUUUGACAAUCCUGUGUAUCUGCCUCCUGGAGAUGAGACCCCUCUGUGUUCUCAGCCUAUGGACUCCUUGGCACUACCGAAUACCCCAAACAAGGCAUUGGACCACCCUUCCAGUGCCUCCCCCCUCAUCCAGGACCCAGGGAAGAGGAGAGAGGAGGUUACAGAACUGACAGUUCCCACCCACCAGGAGCCAAGGGAGCUGGAGGUCCCAGGACAGCCACUUCCCACCCAUCAGGAGACACAGGAGGUGAAAGGAGAGAUAACUCCCACUCCCAAGAAGCCAAGGAGAUGGCGGGUCUCGGAACAGGCAGUUGCCACCCACCAGGAGCCAAGGACACAGGAGAUCUCGGGACAGACAGUCCCCACCCACCAGGAGCCAAGGAAGCUGGAGGUCUCAGGACAGCCACUUCCCACCCAUCAGGAGACACGGACACAGGAGGUCAAAGGAGAGAUAACUCCCACUCCCAAGAAGCCAAGGAGAUGGCGGGUCUCAGAACAGGCAGUCGCCACCCACCAGGAGCCAAGGACACAGGAGAUCUUGGGACAGACAGUCCCCACCCACCAGGAGCCAAAGGCACAAAUCUUAGGACAGACUGUCCCCGCCCACCAGGAGCCAAGCCUGUUUGAGAGACUGAUGAGGAAAGGGUCGUACCGUCAGAGGCAGAAGGGGUCCAAAUUUGUCCACACACAACCUCUCUAUCAGGACUAUUGUGUGCACUACACCAAAGGAGGUCCAGGCCAGUCCCCCUUCAUCCACUCUGUCAACUCCUCCCUGGCGUUGGCUGACAACACUUCCCCAACUUUGCCUAGAAGUUACUCCAGCGAUGGGACUCCCCGUCUCUACACAUCUUCUCUGUGGCAGGAGCUACCAGAAGUGAAGGAGAGAGGGAUCACUAAAACCAUGACCAUGCAACGGAAGCAACUACAGGAGGCAAUGUUCGAGGUGGUGGUAUCGGAGGCCUCCUACCAGCGCAGCCUCUCCGUAGUCAUCAAUCACUUCCAGAAGUCCAAAAGUCUCUCCGACUGUCUCGUUACCUCUGACAAGCACACCCUCUUCUCCAACCUCCCCAGUGUCUGCCAGGUCAGCGAGAGGUUCCUACUGGAUCUAGAGGAAGGACUGGAGAAGGACGUCUUUCUGAGGGACCUCGGAGAUCGGGUCCUGAGACAUUGUUCAGUCUUCCACCGAGUCUACAUUCCCUACGUCACCAACCAGAUGUACCAAGAGAAGCUCAUGCAGCAGCUGGUCCGAGAGAAUGGAACGUUCCUUCAGGUUCUCCAGCAGUUGGAGGAGCAGCCGGUUUGUAAGAGACAACCCCUGAAAUCUUUCCUGGCCCUCCCCUUCCAGAGGAUAACCCGCCUGAAGAUCCUCCUGGAGAACAUCCUGAAACUGGCGCAGAGUGAUUUCCGGCUGGUGUCCUCCAUUGGAGACGCGGCGUCGGCGGUUGGCCAGAUCGUGACGCAGUGCGAUGAGGGGGUGCGCCGCAUGAUGCAGACCGAGGAGCUCGUCCUUCUGGAGAAACACAUGGACUUCCAGAACACAAAGGCUGUUCCUCUCAUCUCCAGGGGGCGUGUCCUCAUCCAGCACGGAGAACUGAUCCGGAUCUUCUUCCAGGAUCCGGGAUCCGGUCACCGCUCCGGUUUGACCACCAAACCCAUUUACCUCCAUCUUUUCAGCGACUUGCUGCUCUUGUCUAACAAAACAGACACAGGGCGCUUCUUGGUGACGGAUUACGCCAGACGCGGACGGGUGACGGCCGACCACGUGAAAGCCAAAGCUCUGGGUCUUCCCAGUGAUCUGGUGUUCCUCCUCCGCCUCGCGCACAACCACCUCGGCCUGAGCUGUGAUAUCGUCCUCCAGGCGCCCAGCGAAGAGGAGAAGGAGGAUUGGAUCGCACAGAUCACCUGGCAGAUGUCGCAGGGGGCGGAGUCCUGACACCCGCUGAAGAUGAACACAAUUCUGGGUUAUUUGGAUCGAUGGGAAGAAUCAGAUACGGGUGACAUUCCGCUUCAUAGAUUAAACGAUCGAUCUUUUUUUCCAGAUUUUUUUUUCUUUCGAGGUCGUGACCUUUCAGACUGUCGGCAUCUCCUGGGUCAGACAUGGGGGUGACCUGCACUGCCGUCUGUGACUUUUAAACAACCAAUCAGGACACAGGAUUUGUUCACUGCUAUGACAGGUCCUCCUUUUUUUUGUUUUUUUUUUCUGGGGUCACCAUGGGGGGAAGUGAGGGAUGGGGACACCCUAAUCUUUCCGGGGCCCCUCCCAGAAUAUGAAUAUUAAGUGAUGUAGAGUCCUUUCUUUCUUGUCCUUUCUUUCUUGUGACCUUCUACAGAAACGAUUGGUCUGCGUUUGUCCCUCCCCCUCAUAUGCCAGCCAAUGGGCACACUUCUGUUCUGUGAUCGUAUUGGCUGCACACAAUCACCGACCUUCACAAAUGGUAAACCAGCUACUAGUGGGGGCCAUCGAGGAACUACAACCCCCAACAUGCCCUGCCAGGAGAGGUGAUCUUUUCCCCACUUCCUGUCCUGGUGGUGAUGUUGUUACUGAGACAGGAAGUGAAUGAAAAUGUCGUAAACAACCAAAAACCAGCAUCGGGAGGCGCUCAGAACCGAAAAAGCUUUGACACUAGAAUCGCAUUUUUAAAAACAAUAUUUUCUAUAUGAUGAUGUUUGUGCGUCUUUCUGUUUUUUUUUU